AUCGAUGUUUCUCUACCGCCACUGCGAGGGUUUCUGUAAAAUUCGUCCCUGUUUUUUUGUGUUGUUGUCGAGCAUAAAAUGAAAUUGGACAACAAAAUUUGUUUUCCUGCGGAUAAAUAAAUACACAAAAACACGUACACAAGAUCAGCGAAGGCGAGCUAUUUGAUUUCAAAACAAUAACAGAUUAGAAACAAAAUUUCUAGUUGCCUCGACACUCAAGCCCCACAACAACACGGAGAAAAGGAAAGAAACGCGACCACAGCAACAGCAACUUCAGUUUCCACCAGACACUGUUUUCCUCCAGCUGCCGUCCAGCUGGGGAGUCGCAUCCCUUUUCGCGCGACGUGCGUCCCUGAAAGGCGCUCGGCUGCAGGAACCAGCGCCUGACGCGAAGCCUUGAGACGCAUACACACCGUCGCACUUGAACCCUCGCUCACUCACACAGACACACACACAGACAGGAGCAGGACAGGGGCAGGCGGAAGCAGCGAAGAGGACAGGAAGCACAGUCAGCACCAUGAGCUCGGUAAUAUAAACAUUGGAUGACUCCAGACUGGCGUAGCUCAUGAUGGCAGCAAGCUGAACAUAGAAGAUGCAAUAUUCUAACGUGGAGAACCUGUCCCCCCAGACGAUAAGGCAGGUGAUGCGGGAGCUGCAGGAGAUGGAAACCACGCCGCCGGAGGGCAUCAAGGUGCUCAUCAACGAGAGCGACGUCACGGACAUCCAGGCGUUAAUCGACGGACCCGCCGGCACCCCCUAUGCCGCUGGCAUUUUCCGCGUCAAGCUGACGCUAAACAAAGAUUUUCCCCAGACGCCCCCGAAGGCGUACUUCCUAACCAAGAUCUUUCACCCGAACGUCGCUGCCAACGGGGAGAUCUGCGUGAACACACUGAAGAAGGACUGGAAGCCGGAUCUGGGCAUCAAGCACAUACUCCUGACCAUCAAAUGCCUGCUGAUCGUACCCAAUCCGGAGUCGGCGCUCAACGAGGAGGCCGGAAAGAUGCUGCUCGAGCGCUAUGACGACUACUCACAGCGGGCGCGCAUGAUGACAGAGAUUCAUGCCCAGCCCGCCAAGUGCGCGGCAGGCGCAGCUGGGGACUCCAAAGACGAUGACGGCCCCUCGACGAAGAAACACGCCGGCCUGGACAAAAAACUGCAGGACAAGAAGAAGGAGAAGUUGCUCAAGGAGAAGAAGCGCAUGCUGAAGAGAUUAUGAGACGCAUGAGGCGCGCGAGUUCCAGAAGCAGAAACACUGAACAGAAGGAGCAGGAACAGUAUCAGUAACUGUAGGAAACUGAAGGAUGUGAAGGCCAAGUGAUGGAUUGGCAAGGCGGGCGUGGGUAGGGUAUCCAGACCCACAGGGCCAGAGAAUAGGAGCAAAGCUAGUGUGGUAGAAGCUAAGAAGCAGAAGCAGGCGCGCUAUAAAAUUUUACACUGAUCUGAUGAUUAACAAAAGAAACAAAAGAAAAUCACGCAAAUAGGAGGAGCAACAAGGAGGAUAAGCGGAGGAAACACCAACCUAGAUCAUUUAGAGGCGUAGAAAAUGCGGAUUCGGAAGUUAAAGUUGAGGCAAAAUUUCGGUGGACCGAGAGCAAGAACCACUCACUCCAAAGAAAUGUGCAUCCAGUUGCCACAUACGGUUACAUAUUUAAAUCACACACUCAUACACAGACACACCUUUUGGUAAGACAGCAUCUGUCAGUCAGCUUAGAAUGUAGACGAAACAAAAAUUGAAAGAAUAUGAGCGAAGAAUAUGAGCAUCCAGAGAAACCAAGAGAAAUGGAAAUGCAACCAUCUUCGAAGUAUGUAGUUCUUUUCUUAACACUAUCCUAGCAUAAUUUAUUUAAUUAGUUUAAAGAUAAUCAAGGAGUAUAUAGCCCAUCGCCCAUCGCCCAUCGCCCCUCGCCCUCGCCUCAUACGCCCUCUGUCCCAUCCACCCCGCCCUGCCCCUGCCUCCUCAGAUACAUAUAUCUCUAACGCAUCACCGACUCACCUUAACUCACCUUGUAAUCCGUGCACCGGCAUAUGGUUAACCAUUUCGUCUAUUUUGUUUAAGUAAGUUCUUGAUUUCCACCACUAGGCUUAAGAUAAAACCAAUCACACAUCCAAAAAUACAACUUAUAAAUGAUUGACAAACCUUA